CGUAGUGGUGUUUCGGUGGAAGUACAGCGACAACAGUGGUGGAAAGAAUAGGAUUGUAACAACACUCCGCCUUCAGCCCGAUGGAAGCGGCCGUCAACCCGCAUCACGACAGCUCUCUGGUCGGGUUGUCCAGUGGCGGGAUGGACCAACACAGUAGUUCGGGCAAACGCAUCCGCAAGCCCUCCCUGUUAUACGAGGACUUUGAGAGCCCGUCUCUGCCACACACGAUGCCCCAGGGUCCUCCUGUCCCACCACAGCCCCCAACAAAGGAUCCCAGCCGGCCGGGCCGCAUGACCAACCAGCUGCAGUACCUCCAGAGGACCCUGAUGAAGUUGCUGUGGAGACAUCACUUUGCCUGGCCUUUCCACGAGCCUGUGGAUGCCUACAGGCUUAACCUACCAGAUUACCAUAAAAUUAUCAAACAACCCAUGGACAUGGGGACCAUCAAAAAGCGCCUGGAGAACAACUUCUACCGCAGCGCAAGUGAGUGCAUACAGGACUUCAACACAAUGUUCACCAACUGCUACAUCUACAACAAGCCGACAGACGAUGUUGUGCUGAUGGCGCAGUCCUUAGAGAAGAUCUUUCUCCAAAAGGUGGCCCAGAUGCCCCAGGAAGAAGUUGAGCUGCCUCCUCCUGCUCCUCGAAGCAAGAACAGCAGAGGGAGAGGUCGCAAAUCUAACUCGAGGGCUCAGCAGGUGCCGGCGGUGUCGCAGUCAGCCUACUCUCCUUCUUCCUCUGACACUGGGGACUCCAUGCUGGCCAACUCUCCCCAGACUGUGCUUACCAAAAGCCUGCCUCCAGCCAACAUCAUGGGUCUGCCCCCCACACAGCCCACAACCAAGAAAAAAGGUGUAAAACGUAAGGCAGACACCACCACCCCCUCCACAAUGGGCUUGACUGUGGGCAUGUCAGGAGCAACGCACAUGGUGGGCCUGGGCAAAGGCGGCCACGGGGGCCAAGUCCACGACACCUCCAUGCACACCAUCUCCUCCAUGGGCGGCAUGAGCUUAGACACCCCACCCGGGAUGGGCCUGGUGAGGAGCCCUGGAGGUCCCGUCCUGCUGCAGCCGAUGAUGGCCGGCAGUGGACGCAGGGUGGGCAGCGGACGCCCCAUUAAACCCCCCAAGAAGGACUUGCCUGAUUCUGUCCAGGCUCAGCCCUCGAGGAAGGGCAAACUCAGCCCUCAGCUGAGGUACUGCAGCGGGCUGCUGAAGGACAUGUUGUCAAAGAAACACGCUGCGUAUGCUUGGCCGUUCUACACACCUGUAGAUGCAGCUGCACUGGCACUUCAUGACUAUCAUGACAUCAUCAAGUGUCCCAUGGACCUCAGCACCAUCAAGAGGAAGAUGGACUGUCGUGAGUACAGGGAUGCUCAGCAGUUUGCCAGCGAUGUCAGACUCAUGUUCUCUAACUGCUACAAGUACAACCCACCUGACCAUGAUGUCGUGGGCAUGGCACGCAAGCUGCAGGACGUGUUUGAGUUCCGCUUUGCAAAGAUGCCAGACGAACCACAUAUGGAUCACACAGCCAUGUCAAUGAGUGGACAUCCGACAUCCUCGUCCUCCUCUUCUUCCUCCUCCUCGUCCUCAUCUUCCUCCACCUCCGAGAGUGAGCCCAGCAGCGAGAGCGAAGAGAGUGAGAGCAGUCCCAACUCAGACAGCGAGGAAGAGCGAGCACAUCGCUUGGCUGAGUUACAGGACCAGGUGUGCACACAACUCCGAGCCAUGCACGAGCAGCUGGCUGCCCUCUCUCAAGGCCCCAUCAUCAAGCCCAAGAAGAAGAAAGAGAAGAAGGACAAAAAGGAGAAGAAGAAAAAGAAGAAGCUGGAGAAGAGAAGUCGAGCUGUCAGGAGCAGGGCUGGCUCUGAGGAAUGGAAAAUGCCCGGCAAGAUCCUAAAAACAAAGUCUGCCAGAGCAGGUGGCUCCCAGCCCAAGAAGGGCCAGGGAAAAAAGAGCAACAAGAACAGCAAGGCCACAAAGAAGCCGUUCUACACCCCACCGCCAACCUCCAUGCUGCCGCACUACGACUCUGAGGAAGAGGAGGAGAUCGUGCCCAUGUCAUACGAUGAAAAGCGGCAGCUGAGCCUUGACAUCAACAAGCUGCCAGGGGAGAAGCUGGGUCGUGUGGUCCACAUCAUUCAGUCCAGGGAGCCUUCGCUGAGGGACACCAACCCCGAGGAGAUCGAGAUCGACUUUGAGACACUCAAGCCAUCGACACUGAAAGAGCUGGAGCGCUACGUCAUGACCUGUCUGAGGAAGAAGCCCCGCAAGCCGUACGGUGAACAAGGUGCAGCAGGAAAGAAAGGCGGCGCUGGCAAGUCUAAAGAGGAGCUGACUCUGGAGAAGAGGAGGGAGCUGGAGAGGAGGCUGCAGGACGUCAGCGGGCAGCUCAAUUCUGUCAAGAAACCUACGAAACCUAAAGUGGAGAAGCCCAGCGCUGUCGAGACUCACACGCAGCCCUCGCGCCUCAGCGGCAGCAGCUCCAGCUCCGACUCAUCUUCCUCUUCCUCGUCCUCCUCAUCCUCAGACACCAGUGAUUCAGACUCUGGUUGAGAUCCUUUAGCACUGGCUUAGUGAGAAAACACUAAUAACUCAGGGACUUGGGCUGGCCCCGGACAAAACACCCCCUGAAACAGAAGUGGGCAGAGAUAUUAGAUACCACGGCGAUUAAAAAAAAAAAAAAAAAAACACUCCUAAAAUGUUUUGAAUGUGGCACUGGGGGAUGUGAGACGACGUCUCUGUGGAUAAUCGUAGAACCCAAACACUAAAUGCCUUGGUUUCCCCCUCCUCCCCUUUGUAAAUACUUGUACAAAUUUAUGUUUCUUUUAUAAAGAAGAAUUUUAUGGUGAUCCCCCAAAGAGGGAAGCGGAGUAAUAAGAAAAGGAAAGACGGGCCUUACUCCAAAAUCUGCUUCGGCUGGCCUUGAGCUGUGCCCUCGGCGGCGAGGGAAUGGAAGUGUUUAUUUAUUUACUUCACCUGCAUUUCCUCAGACAUUACUGGAAGUUGAACCAGCAACCUUUUUGGUCACAAGCCUUGCUUUUCUAACAUCUGGCCUUCUGCCACGCUUUUAGAUCGACCCCUAGAUUGUUCCUAGAAUAUUUGGGAAAAAAACAAUAUUGUUAAGGAGCUCUUAGAUUCCUUCUCAUGUUCACAGGUUAGCAGAUCUCUGGUGUCUGCUGUUUUCAGGUCAAAGUAUGAAGUCAGUUCUAGUUUAAGUUCUGGAUCAUUCCAUUUUUACGCACAUUGUUCUUACAGUUAAAUCUCAGACAUUGAGCUGUCUGUUUUACAGCAUGUAGUUAUUGUUUUUUUAAAAACAAAGUGGGUUCAUAGUACAGUAUAGAAAUUGCUUAACAUACUGUAAUUACAAAGUUUGCAAUUGAAGUAACAUUCAGUUUGUAUUGAUUUUAAUGGCUGCACUAUUCUCCUAAAAGUCCACCAGCCACUUUAAGACAGUCCAGUCUUAUAAAUGUGACACUAAUCGAAGUACAUGUUUAGUAGUUUUGAAAUCAGCUCUUUGCUGUUCGACUCAAUAUUUCUCUUCAUUACAUCAAACUGUAACUGAAGUCUGUUUCAUAGAGCUGCUGAAUGUUCUCACAUGGUGGUGCAGGUUUUCUGAUGUCCACAUUAAUCUCCUGAACAUGUGAAGUAUUGCGUUACUGUUUCUUAGAGACAUCUGUAGCACUUAGAAACUCCGUGAAGGUUUCUUUAAAAAGUCUUUCGGCACUUACUGGAACAAAUGUUGACUGAAUAACGCUGCAACUUUCCCACAACAAGACAAGAAAGUCCUCCUAGCUCCAUGCAUAGUUGAAGCUGUUGUUGAAUGUUCAGUGAAAGAAUAUAUGCUUGUAUAUACUUAAACUGUAUUUGCUGUUGCACAAACUAUUGUAUUUCUGCUGUUUAGUCUUUCUUUUCUUUUCAGUUUUCUUGUUUCUUUUCUUCUUUUUUUUUUUUUUUUUUUUUACACAUUGUUAAAUUCUCAUUCCAGUUAACUGUCAUAGUUGUUUCCUAAAGAGCGUUCACAUGAACAUCGCUGGCUCCGGUCAAGCAGGUUGUUGCCUCUCAGAAGCAUAACUUUCAUUUGAAAAGUGUGUUUAUUAAAAUAUUCUCUUCUGUA